UUAACAGCUUCUAAAAUCCCGCGCAUCUACCGUAUUUGAUCCACAUCACUGGCUCACUGAGUCAUCACCCAUACUCUCCGUUUCCGUUCCAAGUUGUCCUCGUUCGGUUAACUUCAAAUCGUCAGACUACUGUUCAAUGCCUUGCGAACGAACAAGGAACGAAACAUUACGAAACAUUACGGUUGCCACGGCCACGAUUGAAUUGGACCAGAGUUCCUGACGGGAACGUGCCAGGAACCUUCAGAAGCCAUAUGGUAAGUGUGAAUCGUGGCCAGCAAUCUUCCUUGUCACCCACAGCGUCGCCCUCAGAGCAGGAUAACUCUCUUUAUAACAUGGUUCUGGGUAGCCCCAAUUACUCAUCAGCUUCAGAAAGCUCCGCUCCUUCGCCUUCUCAUCAACAACAACCGGAACUUCCAUCUUCAUCACCCUUGGUCCUAUAUCGUCUUAGGUCGGAAGGCGACACCCUCGAACCACGAAAUGCUGCAACUUUCAGUCCUGGAGACUCCACACCAGUUGCCCCGCAGGAAAACGGACUCCCACACGCUGCCCUGUUUUCCAGGAAAUCUUCCUCGUCAUCAGUAACCGUUGCCUCCUAUCCGAACGCCCCACGAGUCUUCAUUCCGUACGAAUACGAUCCCUCCUUAGAUAACCAGAAAGCCGACGAUGACGAAGACUUCCUCCAUGAUCCAAAGGCGUCUCAGGAUUUGGAAAAGAGUGUUCCGAGAUCCUCCUCCGUUUUAAGUUGGAGAGGGUUCAAGAACAUAGGUCUCCUCGUUAUCCUCGUUCUGGGUCUACUUUCGCUUUUCUUGAUUUAUCCGAUCGUCAAGCACUUUCAGGAUGCUGCACGAAAUAAGGGAAUUGCGAAUAAUAAUAAUAAUGCCGCGAACGUGACUGGACAAAACCCUCGGUUCAACAAACUCGACCAUCUUAUCGAUCCGGAUACCCCAGAGGAAGCUACGACUCGCAUGGGUUUCGAUGGCGAACGGUAUCAACUCGUCUUUUCAGACGAAUUCAACCAACCCGGGCGAACCUUCUAUCCUGGAGACGACCCGUAUUUUGAAGCUAUGGAUAUGUGGUAUGGUGUUACGCAAGAUCUAGAGUGGUAUGAUCCGCAACAGGUGACGACAAGGGAUGGCGCGUUGGUUAUCACGAUGGAUUCUACAAAUACCACGCAACCCGGAAAGACGCCUGGAUCUACAGCUCCCUUCAAGACUGAAGACAAUUAUGGUUUGGGUUUUCGGAGCGGAAUGUUACAGACCUGGAACAAGUUUUGCUUCACCAGUGGAUACAUUGAGGUUUCCCUCAUUCUGCCGGGACCGAAUAGCGGGCAAAACGGGUAUUGGCCUGGCGCCUGGACCAUGGGGAACCUCGGAAGGCCUGGUUACAGAGCUACAACUGACGCCAUGUGGCCCUACUCGUACGACGAAUGCGACCUUGGCACCUUCCCCAACCAAACUGAGAAAGGAACAACAGGACUUCUCCUCAAAGACAACGCUUGGCCGCAGUUCGACAGUAAAUUGAGCGUUUUGAAUGGCCAGAGACUCAGCGCUUGCACUUGCCCGAACUCGGACCAUCCAGGACCAUUUGGGAAGUUCGAUCAGAGUGAUACAAAUCCGAGGUACCGAGGAAGAGGAGUACCCGAAAUCGACAUCCUUGAAGUACAGAAAGAUGACCAGAGUCCAGGGAAUGUGGCCAGUCAAAGUGCGCAGUUUGCGCCGUUUAGCCGUGAUUACCAGGUCGACAUGUCGGGAUACACGAUUUUUGACCAGUCCAGAACUCACCCGAACGGGUGGAACGGUUCACCACUUCAACAAGCUGUAUCUGGUCUUACCAGGGUUCCGGACGAUGGAUUCCAGGGUGCUCCGAAUCGAAGAUUUGUUACGUAUGGCUUCGAAUAUUGGGCGGACCCGAGCAAUCGCGACAACGGAUUCAUAACUUGGCAGGUGGAUGGGAAACAAUCCGUGAAGAUGGUACCCAAGGCCGUUGGCCCUGAUACAGGCAAUGGUGGAAGCGGCGUCGGGCAACGAUUAGUUCCUGAGGAGCCGAUGUCAAUUGUGCUUAACCUCGGGAUAAGCAAUAACUGGGCACCACCUCAAUUUGAGACUCUCACGUUCCCAGCAGAGAUGUUGUUCGACUAUGUCCGGGUUUAUCAGAGAGAAGGGAAGACCAACGUCGGCUGUAGUCCUAAAGACUUCCCAACUGCGGAUUAUAUCAACCGACAUAUGGAUCAGUAUACCAAUAUCAACAAAACGGUCUGGGAAUACGAAAAACCGCGAAAUCGAUUGUACGAUGGUCCUUGUUAGUAAUGGCUGGCGGUCGUAGAGUCGUAUACGUGUUCUAGGGGAUACGUCAAACUUUGUAUUAAAUAUUUCCUAACCGCUCUGAGGAUCUCCG